AUGAACCUGAUCAAGAGGCAGAAAAUACCUACUGCGAGAUGCGAGGAGCCCGUGGAAUUCCAGGAGGAUCCCGAGAAUGCCUCGAUUCAAGAGCAGGGCCCCCGAGGCUACGCCCUGGAUACGCUUCCGCCGGAAGUCUUGGAGAUGAUACUCCAACUGCUUCCGCUUCAGGAUGUGGCCACCUCCGUGCGUUUAGUUUCCAGGCAUUGUUCGAUGGUUGCUGGUGCGGUAUUAAACGGCGCGUUUCUCGCAGCCGGCGCAAGACUGGAAGGUCUUACGAGUUGCGUGGAUAAGACGCUGAAAGAAACUAGAACGGACGCUGAAUUGCUAGGCUGCAGCAAGGCUCUGAACGCUUUACAGUUGAUCAAGUCCCAGUACAAGAUGCUCAGGGCCGUGACCUGGAGGUACACGCAUCCACCGACAAGGCAUCAAAGGGCCCCGCGGAUUUGUUUUUACGCGGGCAGUUUGCUCGACGAUCUGAACGACCUGCUGGAUCGAUUGGUCAAAUAUCACGCGUCCGUCGUCGAUUCCCGAGACGUCUAUUCCUGCGUCGCAUGCUUUGUGGCUACGUGCAAACGGUUCAUGAACUUCUUCGAAAAGAUCUCUGAGCGCAGGGUGAACAGAUCGGCGUUGAUCUCCGGCUGUAAAAUCGUGGACGUCCUGGAUUGUCUCGUGGAAGGUAGACAAGUGGUGUCCUUCAAAGCAACAUCAGGCAAACGACGAUCCAGCAACGGUACCGUCAAUAUCAAGCUGAGAUACGUGAUGAGACGCGCUUGGUUCACGCACCUAGACGUCACGAAGAAUUCCAAGGAGAACUCUUGGAGAGACGAACAGCGUUUCAUGUAUCUUAGAUUGCGCCGUUUAGUGGGUAGCGUGAACGAACACCUAUUCGAGAAUUUACAUUACGAGCACGAGUUACUUUUACAGGUGAUUCUAAUACCUUUGUCGUUUCCGCUAAGGCCACCACCUGCCUCCACUUACUCCGGAUACGGAGAAUACGACGGCCAAUUCUUUUACUACGGGAAUAUGAAUAAGUACGCGUACGAAAGUAAAUUUUUGCAUACCGUGAACCCGUUGGACGUUACACUCAACACCGAACAACCUGUGCAAAGGCAACCAUCGUUCGAUUUGAUGAUCGAAAUCGAGCUAAAAUGUACUUCAGAGUUAGCUCCGCUCGCCAUUCGGACGGUCUUGAGGUCGGCUGAUGAAUUCGAGGCCUACGAAGCGAGAACAACGGACAAGCAUCAACAGCUUUUCUUAAGAAUGACGGUCAUGUGUCCAGCAUCGAUCGCAAACAGAUUACCAGGAAACUUCGUUUGGGAAUUGCGUACCCCGCGACGUCUACGUAAAAAUUCGUAA